AUGCAAAACGAGCUUCCCGAAGCAAAUCUCGAAGACAUGGAGUAUCUUUCAAUGAACUUCCCUGCAUGCAUGCCACGCGAAGAGCUCGCUCGGAGCAUCCAAGAGAACGACGGCGUGGUAGGCGACAAGCCUCGAUCUGCCUUGGUGAACGAGCUGGAGGCGAUCAUACUGUUUCAUAUCCGCGGGGAAGCCCACGUGAAUGGAUACAUCCAGCUGUUCCACUCGCCUGAAGAGAUCGUGGAGGACCAGUGUGGAUCGAAUCCAGAGAAAUGGCGUCGAGCCUUGCGCCGUCGCGGUGUCGGCUGUCCAAAAGAAGCUUUUCAGCAGAAGAAACUGCUGGUUUCGGUGCUGAAAAAGGAGCUGGGAGAGAAAGUGCAGCAAGCGUUCAGUACUGUAGUGGAGCUGGAGCUGCUGUUCUUUGAACAGGAACGGAGAGCAAUGAACGAAGACGAGAGGCAGUUGAAACGAAGUGAGAACGGACUGGAGACGCAGACUGAGAGCGAAUCAGAGAGUUCUUCGGAUAGUUCAUCCAUCCAUUCUUUGAAUAGUUCAUCCACGCAUUCUUCGGAUAGCUCAUCCAUCCAUUCUUUGAAUAGCUCAUCCACGCAUUCAUCCACCGAUUCACUCGACAACCAGUCCGAUCAAAGCUGCGACUUGAACCGAAGCAAGCUCACUGCGCAGUUUCUAAGCUUGUAUGAGCGAGUCCAUUCGCUUGGAGCCUAUUCUGUUUCCAACAAACACUCGAUAGAAAUACAGUGA